AAUUGUAUUUCCAAAAAAAAGAUAUAACAAAAUUGAGAUUGGGGACUAGCGCAUGAGGGUGUAGUUUGGAUUUGAAAAGCAGAAGAAGCACCGGUGACGGGUGAGAGUGAGAGAGAUGGAAGGGGUAGAUCUGAAGCGAGAGGGUAUGGAGGAUCUUAGUGGGCGCGUGCAUCAACUUCCAUGUUGCGUAAAAUACGAUGGUCCUGCUGCCUCUGUUUCCCACUAUUUCAAACCCAAGCCCGCUGGCGUUGGGGACGACGGUUUACCAUUACAACAUGCGCAUUUUAGGGGCAGGUUGCUACAAGGAACUACUCUCCAACUUCCUCAUGGCUACUGUGGUUUUGUCUUAGGAAAGAAAAGUUUGCCUCACGCCUCUGAAGAAAACUCUCACUCUUGGGAGAUGAAUGCAACCUUUCAUGACAUAACGUAUUGGAACCAUGACUGCGUUCCUUGCCAGAAUGAUGACUUCUUGCGUGCUUUUCAUUGGCUUACUGUUGCAAAAGCUCUGCAUAAUCCUGUCACACCUGAGGAAUUAGCUUCAUCAUCUAUUGAACUCUAGAGGCGGUAGUACUCUGCGGUUGAAAUGCUGUAGCUGUCAUAUUUUUUCAGCUAAUUUAUUGCUGCAGUAUUUAUGCUUUUGUUCUACGUUGUCUUCAAUAGCCCCCAUGUACUUCCCUCUUUGCAGUAAUCUAUUUGUUUUUCUCUAUGUGAAAUUGUGAACACAAUUUGUCAAUAUAUAUAUGGGUUUUGUUUUUUUA